CGACAGCAGUAGGCUCUAGGUCGAUGAUGCAGCGCAUCACUUUUCCUUUUUUGAAUCCGCAUUCACACACGUUUCCUUUCAUAUUAUUUUCAUUGUAAUGUCGCAACCCAGCGAGGAAAUUUGGUUCAAUGGGCCUGUUGUCGAGGCCGUCGGCCAGGCCACUGCGCGCAAUCUGCUAUUUGUCGCCUGCAUUGUCACCGACGCUUCUUCCGACGAAUUGACUAUGCUGGACAAGAACUACGUCAAGCAAAUUCUGAAGACGCAUUGCUUGUGCGUCAAGCUGGUCCGUGGUAGCAGCGAAGAGGCUAUGUUCUCGCAGCUGUUCCCGAGCACGCAAACUCCGAGCGUGUAUAUUGUCAGGUCGAAUACCGACAAGGUACUACUGAGUGGCGAGGACUUGAGCGAGCAGCGGAUUGUUGCAGAGAUCGAAAGCAUGGUUAGCAGUGCUGCAGCAGACCCAGUUCAGGCACAGGAGCCAGCCCAGACACAGGAGCCGUCCCAGGCACAGGCAGCACAGGCUCCAGUGCAGCAACAAUCACCGAUCCCAGCUCAUCUGCAGCCAAUAGUACCAGCUCAACCACAAGUCUCUUAUUUGCCUGUGCCUCAGUCAAAGAAGCAAAACAGCCAGGAUGCCGCCAAGCUUGCCGAGGCAAAGCACAUGGAGGAGUACCGCAAACGGUUGGCCAAGGAGAAGCGCGCUGAUGCAGCCUAUCGCAAGACAAUUCUCGAGAGCAUCAAGCAGGAUCGCGAGGACUUCAAAGCAGUGCAUGGCACACCUACAUCGGCAUCUGGCUCAAAGGACACGAUGCGGAAGCAGCUGGCAGAUACUACAGGCAAGACCAAGAUCCUGUUCCGUAUUAGCGAUGGGCGCGUAGAAUCUGGCGAAUUUGAUGUCCAGGCAGAGUUUGCCGAAGUUCGGGCAUUUGUCGAAGGGAUCGAGGGGAUUCCCAAGGGCUCUUUGGAUAUUGCUGAGGCCUUCCCGCGGCGCACGUUGGGAGGCGAUGUCAAUGACAAGAACCUGUCAGAGCUGGGCCUUGUUCCGACGGCGACACUACUUGUCAAUGUGUCGGCUAGGCGCGUAAAGGACGGCGAGGCAUUCAAGGAGCCUGUUACUUGGUUCGCCUUUUUUUACUCGAUGCUCGCUGCAGUAUUCGGAUUCUUCGGAGCAUUUUUGCCGGGGAGAAAGAGUGAAGAUGAGAGCCAGGCAACUUACACCCGGGAAGAUGGAGCGGUGGCUCGCUCAACUGCCAGAAGGGACAAAAAGUCGCCGGAUGAAAAGCUUACACGGCGCAGGAACGCCAGUCCUGGCUCGGAGGCAGGCAGCGAUGAUGACGAGAAACCCAAGACAUACAACGGCAACUCGACUAACCUCGAGUAGGCUCAUAAAGUAUUUUAUUGCGGUUUUUGAUUGUCUAACAAUAACCAUCCACAUCUCAUGCUAAC